AUGCAGACCGGCGAGAUUGUCUAUCUUCGGUAUCAUGGAGACCCCGGCGUGAUCCACACGCGCUUAUUGGUGGGGCAAGUGCAGGGGGAUGAAUGGGUGAUCGUGACGCCCGACCAUGAUGUGUAUGUGGAAGAGCUCGCCCGGCACAACCCUGACAUUCAGUACAUGUGGCACUCACCCGAUGGCAGGCUCGCCCGAGGGGUGCCCCGCAACCAGGUCUAUGGAUUUGCGCCCAUGACUGCGGCCCAGUAUGCUGCCGUGAUGCGUGCUGGGAGGGCAGAGUUUGAUGCCGAGAUCGCAAGGCGCGGACUUGGAGCAGUGGCUGCGGUCGGAGCUGCGCCGAUGGGUGGUGGAGGUGGCGCUGUGGAGGCCGCUCCAGUCGCUGCGGCGGCGGCAGUGGCUCAGCCUGUGGCCGCCGUUCCGGCCCAGCCGGGCAACGCUGCCAUUGGAAACGCAGGGCCAGGUGCUAGAGAUCUCACAGGGCGAGGCUUGGUUUGGGUUGCGGCCGAAGGGACCUCAACAACAGUGUUUGGUGAGGUCGUGGCCGGUGUAGUGGCGCCAGCGGUGGAAGGUGCCAAGACAGUCCAUCGGAUGGCUGACGGCAGUGACCUCUUCUGUAUGUGCAUUAGUGAGACUAGCCGCCAGACGUUCAAUGGGCGACCGGCUGCUUGCGAUGGGCGCAUCCUGGCCCGAGGCUUCAACACUGUGGGGCAGCCUGAGAGGCCUCUGUCAGAGGUGGUGGCUGCCUCGAGAGAAGUCGAGAUGGGUUGGAAGAUAGCCGGCCCGCGGACAGCCUUAUGGUGCUUGAACUAUCUGAUGACGGAGGGCCUUGGCUUCGAGGCCCACCAUGAACGGUUCAGGCAGCUUUGCCGCAUCGACGCAGGCGGCUGGGGUGUCCAGGAGCACUUUCAGACCAGUAUGUUCCUUCGGCAGCUGAUUCAGGUCGACCAAGUGGAUGCUUGCAACUGCUACGGCGUGGAGCUCAUGUUCAGACGGGUACAGACAAUCGAGUACGCUCAUUCAGAAAGGGCCCGGGAGAUCGAGUCGAAGACGGUCGGUGGCAAGCUCAGUUUGGAGGAGCAGUACACCUUCGGCUCCUUGGUCCGUCAAGCCGGGACCUUGAUGAUCGCACCAUCCUUGCUGGAGCACGUCAAGCAGGAGGUUGAGCGCGACGCGCAGCUCUCAAAGAAUCUCAGAAAAGCCCGCGAGGAGCGGGACUUGGCGAAGAAGAAGGUCUCAUGUGAUGGCGGCUUUGGCGGGUCAAGGCGUGUCAAGCGCCGCUUGGAACGGAGAUGGCACCAGGACACCAUGGUUGCUGAGUGCGUUCGCGGGCUCAAUGCUCUGUAUAGUGGAGACAAGUUUGGCAAGGCGAACUCGCAGUGCCAGACACCUUCGCGGGCACAGCUGGCUGCCUUGGAACACAUUCGAAAUUCAGUGCACCUUUUGGGGGCUCCCGAACAGGAGCUCAGUGGUCGAGAGGCGCUUUGGCAGCUUCAGGCCUUCGACGGGUACGGGGAGGACCAAGCCCCGCCACUCGUCGCCUCGUACGAGCCCAGCCUUUUGAGUUUGCCCACCGGGGAGGUGCCGCCUGUGCCUCUUCACACGCUACUCGGAGGCGAUGGGAUGAAAAUUGUUGAGGACUUCAUCUCAACUCGGCUUUUGCAGAAGAAUGAGGCCCUGCGCAAUUUGCGGAGGACUGGUGUGGUGAAGUGUUAUUCGGACCCGCGACUUUUGGAGGCCCGUGUGUACAAGAGCUUUGUGCGGCGCCUUUGGGACGGUGGCCUCGUCGAGUUCACGUCCGAGGAGCCCACCGAGAAGGUUGAAGUCUUCUUUGUGCGGAAGAAGGACGGACGGCUUCGGAUGGUGGUUGAUUGCAGGAGGUCGAACGAAUGGUUUGCCCCCCCGGACAAAGUCAAUUUGGCGACGGCUGAGGUCCUUAGCCGCAUUGAUUUGGGUGGCACCGACUGUGACCUCUACAUCUCCACUGCCGAUUUGAAGGACGCCUUUUACCACUUUGAGCUCCCCCUGCAGCUACGACCGUACUUCGGUAUGCGGCCCUUGUCAGCUGGCGACCUCGGCAUCACCUCGCUGGGCGGUAAAGCUAUUAGAGCAUCUUCUCUAGUUUUCCCGCGCCUGAAGGUGCUGCCGAUGGGCUGGACACACGCCUUAUGGUGGUGCCAAAACAUCCACCAGCGGAUCGUGUCAGGUGUUGGAGCCACAGCUGACAAGUGCCUCGAGGACCGUGCUUCGGUACCGUCCCCGGAGUGCAUGCAUUUAGAGUACGUCGACAAUUUCGUGUGCAUUGGCACUGCCAAAGAAGAAGUCGAGGCACUUGCGGCUGCAGGGGUACAGGCUUUGAGGGACAAGGGCUUGGUGGUACACGAGGUUGAGAGCGGCGAGGGGAACAUCAAGGUUUUGGGUUGGUGUUUUCAAGGCAAGAAGCUCCGGCCUUUGUCCCACCGGGUGUGGCGCCUCAUAGCCGCUAUUCGUUUUUUGCUGGACCGUGGCACAUGCAGUGGCAAACAGCUCGAAAAGGUGCUCGGGCAUGCAACUUUCAUUGCCCUAGGCCGCCGUGAAGCCUUAGCUGUAUUUGGUGAGUCGUACUCUUUUGUUCGUACUCACUAUGAGCAGAACCACCGUAUAUGGCCUAGCGUGAGGAGAGAGCUUAUGAUCUGGACCUCAAUCGCGCCCUUGCUUUGGAGAGAUUUGGGGAUCCCUUGGGCCUCAGAGGUCGCUGCGGUCGAUGCCUCCACGUGGGGCUUGGGCGCCGUUGUGGCCGACUUUGACGAAGCAGAGGUUCGCCAACUAGGGAAGUACUCGGAGCGAUGGAGGUUUGAGAUCCCGGAGUUUCGCUGUCCUCGUGCAAGUGCGUUCGGUACUGCCUUUGCUGAUGAUUCUGACGAGGCUCGCAGCCUUCAGUGGGCCCACUCCGGGGACAACAAUGCCAAGGCGCGGCCCGUGCCCCUUUCGGUCGUAGAGGGCAAGCUGCUUUCUGAUAGGUUUGUGCCGGUCGCAUCCAGCCAAGUCGAUCGUAAGUGGCGUGUGGUGGGACGGCACAAAUGGAAGCGACAGGAGGGCAUGCCAGUGUUAGAAGGAAGGGCCUCGUUGUUUGCUGUGAAGCGCUUGCUGCGCAAAGAGACUUCCUUUCACAUGCGGCAUCUCAUCCUGUCGGAUUCUACCGCUGCCAUCUGCGCUCUAGACCGUGGCAGGGGGCGCUCUUUCGGAAUGCGCCGUGUGACUCAACAGCUGGCGAGCCUGUGCCUGUGCUCGGGCAUCAGUGUCCAGUUCAGGUUCAUCCCCUCAGAGUGGAAUCCUGCCGACGCGGUCUCCAGAGGCUCCCUCUUCCCGUUCAUCCAGCUCCCCAAAGCUGCAGCCAAGACCGCACUGCGGCCGCCGGCCAGCCGUGUGAACCGGCCCGCGGGCCAAAGCCUGCAGCAGGUCAAGAAGACUCGCGCGAAGGCCAGGGUCAAAAUCAGGCAGCAAUUCGGGACGUUGGCGGAGGCAUCAGUGAGCCGUGGAUGCAGAGAGCGGUACAGCAAGCUGUGGAGGAGGAUGUGCACAGCGGCGGGGUUAACCGUGACCGAGAAGUACACCGCGAGCGACCUCGACCUCCCGGCGAGCCAAGUUUUGGAGGACUUGUUCGACGAGGGGGAGGAUUUGAGCCAGGGCCAGUACCUCAUUGCGGCGAUCCAGUUCUACCAGCCCCAUCUCCGUGGUGGCCGAGGCGGGUUGGACCUGGCAAAGCAAACUCUCGCAGGGUGGCGACGACUGGACCCGCCCUGGGAAGUAGCCAAACUGCUGGUGGGUGGCUUGGUGCCCCCCGUUGGGGUGGUCAAAGCAUGGUCGCUGAUCCUUCACCCGCUGGAGCUCGAAACGCCUUCGAAGACGGGGGAGUUCGACGAGACAGUGUUGUUCGACCUUCCUCAGAUUGUGUGGAUCGCCGAGCAGACCUUCCGUCUGCUCAAGGCCGGCCACCGAUGCGCCUCGGAGCCGCUGUUCUCGGUGAGCCUAGAGACAGUGAGAAGCUUCAUGCGCGAUGUCGGAAGCCGGUUCGGCAUGGAAGUUGCAGUGGGCGAUCCGCAUCCUUAUCGUCUUCGUCAUGGCGGUCCGAGCCGGGAUGUUCUGCUUGGCUUUCGCGACGCGGCAAAAGGCGCUGGAGGCAAGCCAAAACAUCCAGUCCGUGGUGUGUGGCCUGCCCUGAAUGUCCCCCUUGGGCCGGCAGUGCGGGUGUACAUCGAGAUCUUCUCUGGCCGUGGCGAACUUGGAAAAGCUCUGGCGCAACAAUGUGGAGGUGUCGUCAUGUUGUGGGAUCUCCGGCUCGGCAGCCAGUAUGAUCUUCGUCAUCCGGCACGCCGCGCGAUGAUCUGUGGGUGGAUAAGAGCCGGGCGGAUUUCCGGUGUUCAUUUGGGCACCCCGUGCGAAAGCUUCACCCGGGCUCGUGAUGCCCCGCCUGGUCCUUGCCCGCUCCGAAGCAAUUUGCAGCCAUUGGGACUCCGUGGUCUUUGCCCUGCCGAUCAAGUCAAAGUUGAGCUGGGCAAUUUGUGGAUGCGCUUCUCUGUCAAAGUUGUGCUCUUGUGCUGGAAGUUGCGGCUUAGCGCAACUCUGGAAAAUCCCCUUACCUCCCGUUUCUGGAGGUGCCCCCCUGUGCAGCAAUUGCUACGCCGGCCACAUGUGGGCCGCUGGACAACCCAUUACUGUGCAUGGGGAAAGCCCUUCAAAAAACCCACCGCUUUUCUGGGGGUCCACAUCGACCUGUCUGUCCUCGAACUACACAAGUGCCGUGGCAAGCGCAUAUGUGACUUCACUUUGCGACCGCAUGUGCCGCUGCAGGGGCGCACAGCAGCAGGACAAUGGCGCACCAAGUGGGCUGAGCCCUAUCCCACCCGCAUGUGUGCUGCGAUUGCCAAAGCAUUUUACAAUGCUGAAGUGGCAGUCCUAGCGCGGAAGUUUGAGCAAUGCUAUGCUCGGUCGUGA